AUGGCAAGCUCGAGGGGAGCUGCAGCCGCAGUAGCAGCUCGAUUAUUGACUGCGUGGAGACCAGCAAUUGCUCGACGUCAGUAUGCGGGGAUGUGCAGACCCUCCAAAACACCAGCGGCGGGACAAAUAUACAUAUACAUACCAUCUGCUGCUGUUCAACCCCCCACGAACCCGUCUAUACAUACACAGGCUCCCCGCAGAGCCCAAGCUGCGACCAGCGUGAAAAGAACAGCGGAGCGAGAACCGUCCUCGACAAAACCUCAUGAACAACACCCACAACCACAACCACAACCACAACCACAAGACUCCGCCUCGAAUCCCGCCCUCUCCUUCCCCUGCCUAGACGCCCUCGAGGCCAAAUCCGCCCGUCUCUCCGCCCGAUCCCUCAACUCCGGCCCCGAACCCUCCUACACAACCGGCAGUCACCAAGAAUUCAAAUCCACCGACCUCCUCCUCCUCGACUGGGGUGGCGUCCUCCCCGAAUUCACCAUCGCCUACGAAACCUGGGGCACGCUAAACAGCGACAAAUCCAACGCCAUCCUCCUCCACACCGGCCUCUCCGCCUCCUCGCACGCCCACAGCACCGAAGCAAACCCCAGCCCAGGCUGGUGGGAACGCUUCAUCGGGCCCGGCGCCCCCCUCGACACAAACAAAUACUUCGUCAUCUGCACCAACGUCCUCGGCGGCUGCUUCGGCAGCACCGGCCCCUCCUCCAUCGACCCUUCAGACGGCAAACGCUACGCAACCCGCUUCCCCAUCCUCACCCUUGACGACAUGGUGCGCGCCCAAUUCCGCCUCCUCGACGCGCUGGGCAUAACCACCCUAGCCGCCUCUGUCGGCGCCAGCAUGGGCGGCAUGCAAUCGCUCGCCGCCGGCGUGCUCUUCCCGGACCGCGUGCGCCGCAUCGUCAGCAUCAGCGGCUGCGCGCGCAGCCACCCGUACAGCAUCGCGAUGCGGCACACGCAGCGCCAGGUGCUGAUGAUGGACCCGCAGUGGGCGCGCGGCUUCUACUACGACUCCAUCCCGCCGCACUCGGGCAUGAAGCUGGCGCGCGAGAUCGCGACGGUGACGUACCGCAGCGGGCCGGAGUGGGAGAAGCGCUUUGGCCGCAAACGCGCGGAUCCCAGCAAGCAGCCCGCGCUGUGCCCCGACUUCCUCAUCGAGACGUACCUGGACCACGCGGGCGAGAAGUUCUCGCUCGAGUACGAUGCCAACAGCCUGCUGUAUGUAUCCAAGGCGAUGGACCUGUUUGACCUGGGCCGUGCGCAGAGGCUGGAGACCACGGCGCGGCGGGCGGAGACCCACCGGCGUGUCCUCAGGGAGGGGCGCGCGGUGAAUGAGCCGGAGCAUAGCCUUACCUUGCCGGCGGAGCCGUAUGAGGAACAACCGUCGUCGUCAUCAUCCUCGUCAUCCUCAUCCGGCCAAAAAUCCCACUCCCACUCCCACUCCCAACAACAACAAGAACAAGGCCCGCCCACAGACCUAAUCCUCGGCCUCUCGCCGCUCAAAAACCACCCGAUCCUAGUCAUGGGCGUGGCCAGCGACAUUCUUUUCCCUGCCUGGCAGCAGCGGGAGAUAGCUGAGGCGCUGGAGGCAGCGGGGAGCUCGCGCGUGGAGCAUGUCGAGCUGGGACAGGACGUGUCGCUGUUUGGACAUGAUACGUUUCUGUUGGAUUUGGAGAAUAUAGGGGGGCGGGUGAGGAGGUUUUUGGAAUGA